UAUAUAAGAUAUAUGCCACAAAAUAUAUAUCAUUGGAACAUAUUUUGUCGAUGGACUACUUUUUAAAACUACGUGCAAACCUUACAAACUAGAGGGGGUAUAAACUUUGACGGUCUCCAAAAAUAAGGCCAUAAAUAGGUAAGCUCUAAUUGACGAGAAGCUACCCAGCAACUUCCAGUUGUUGGGGUCUAUAAACAAAGGUUUGGCUGCGAUCCAGAUUCUCGAUAGCAAGAUAAAGAAGACGACCGAGAGCGAAGUCAAAAACAAUCCCAGCAACACUACGUCAACAGCGUUGUCUCUUUCUUUGCCUCGCCGGCCUACAUUAUCUGAAUUGCAAACGAGGUAGCGCGCUGGUGUAGAUCGACAUAAGAGAUGGAGAUGCAGGCGUCGUCAGUUGCUGCCGGUACCAGCACUCCGGCGUGCGCGUUCGCCACGAUACGGUCGCAUGGCGUCAGGGUUGCGAGGUCCCACGCGUACGACUGGCUGGUUCUGCUCCUCCUCGUCGCCGUCGAAGUCCUCCUCAACGUCAUCGAGCCGUUCCACCGGUUCGUCGGCGCCAGCAUGAUGACUGACCUCAGCUACCCCAUGAAGAGCAACACCGUCCCGGUCUGGGCCGUGCCGGUCAUUGCAGUCAUUGGACCUAUGAUCAUCUUCACCCUCGUCUACAUCCGGAGAAGAAACGUGUAUGAUCUGCACCAUGCUAUACUGGGCAUUCUGUUCUCUGUGUUGAUCACCGGCGUCCUGACCGACGCCAUCAAAGACGCCGUCGGUCGUCCACGCCCAAACUUCUUCUGGCGCUGCUUCCCUGACGGAAUCGCUGUGUACGACAACGUCACCUCAGGAGUAUUAUGCCACGGGGACGCAGGCGUGAUCAAAGAAGGCCACAAGAGCUUCCCAAGUGGCCACAGUUCGUGGUCCUUCGCCGGGCUGGGGUUCCUGUCGUGGUACCUGGCAGGGAAGAUCACCGCCUUCGAUCGGCGGGGGCAUAUCGCCAAGCUGUGCGUAGUCAUCUUGCCUCUGCUGCUUGCGGCGCUGGUCGCGACAUCACGGGUAGAUGACUACUGGCACCAUUGGCAGGAUGUGUUCACCGGAGGCAUCCUUGGAAUGGUGGUCGCCUCCAUUUGCUACCUGCAGUUCUUUCCAGCCCCUUCUAACGAAAAUGGGUGUUGGCCUCACGCCCACUUCAAGUAUGUCACCGAGAUGGAAGAUGCGAGCCGGACGCAGCACGCUACCGAAAUGAAUAACACCAACUCAACGACAAUGGUCGUUGUGGAAGAUCAGACGAGAGCAAAUGGGAACCGAACGUUGGACGCAAUGGAGUCCGGCAGGUAGGGCAGGGCAAUGACCCCCAUCCAUGCAUUGUCGAUCAAUCCGUUGGCACCUAAGCCUUCUUGGAGAUGCCGCUUUCAAGUUCCAAUGUGUAAUUUGGCGAUUAACCACACGUCAUAGCGCUUGUAUUGCUCAUGUAUAAAUAGGAGAUUACAAACGUUAUCUUAAGGUACAAUUCACAUACAAGUAUGGACAAAGGACUCUAUACAAGGAAUUACACAUA